UGCCCUCCGGUCUCACCAUCCUCAACAUCCAAACCUCACCGCGUUCUCUAAUGCCCUAAUUCUAGACUGGCCCAAUGUCUUCUAUAUAUAAACUCUUAACAUCAGAGCACUCACUCACCCACCAAUCUCACGAGAAAGACGAAUCUUUUUGCCAUCAUGGGAAAGAAGAUCAAGUCUCCAGCUGCUCGCCGCCGUCUAUGGCAUCUCCUCCACCUCGCACUCCUCUGGGCUCGAAAAGGAGACGCAUUCAAGCGUCUCUUCAUCGAACUCCGCCUCCUCCCUUCCUACCUCAAGAAUCUCCGCCAUGGCAACGCCGCUAACCGCCUCCGCUACUGCGAGCGAGAAUUCUCCUUUGAAGACACUCCCGCUUUUCACCUCAAGUUUAACCGGCUCGCCCGAAUCCCCUGCAUUGCACCAUCCGUUAGCUUUGAUGACGAUGAGGAGAUCUUCGUCGAGAGGAGUAAGGCUUUGAGGCUCUGGGCUGCUGGAGCUGGUGAGGAAGAUGAGCAUCAUGAUGAUGAAUUGGAUGCCGGCAGUUCAUCAUCGAUGUCGGAUUUGGAGGCGGUGGAGGAUGGGCGGGAGGAAGGAGAUGGAGAGAUAGAGAUUGAUUCAAGAGCAGAGUGCUUCAUCAUGAAGUUCUAUGAACAAAUGAAGCUGCAGCGACAGAUUUCAUAUCUGGAGUACAAUGACAUGCUUCAUCGAGGAAUGAGCUCUUAGUUUGCUACGAAUAAAUUUUUGGUGAGGGCGUAAAUGAUUUAAUUCGGUUGUUUCAUCUCUGCUGAUAUAUGAGAGAUCAAAAUCAAGUAAAAUAUUAAGAGAUUUAAAUAUCAAUCAUUCAAAAUAUUAAAUAUAACAUAUUUUCUUCGCUUUCUCACUUUGGUCGCCAUGGAUUUGUUGAUUCUUAGCACUGAAGGAUAAGUGCAGAUUGCCGAGCAUUUCACUCUUGUCC